AUUGCGCUCUUCCCUCAAUCUUCUCUUUCUUUCUGGAUCCAUCCUGCGCCUGAAUCCAAGCCGACAUGCCUGGUGGAUACAAAGGAGAAUGUGGGGAUGAUGUUGACCCCUUGCCCUUCUUGGCUCCCACCGAGAAGGAGAAGAUUGAAGCCAUCAGCAAACCGUACGACAUCAAGAAGUCCUGUUGGGUGAAGGACGAGAAGGAAGGCUUCAUAGCUGGGGAGAUCCAGUCGGAAACUGAUACUCAAAUCACGGUGAAGACUGUGACCAAUCAGACAGUCACCAUGAAGAAGGACGAUGUCCAGCAGAUGAACCCACCAAAGUUCUACCAGAUCAGCGAUAUGGCCAACAUGACCUUCUUGAAUGAAGCCAGCGUCCUGGAUAACCUCCGGCAGCGUUACAUUAUGAUGAGGAUCUAUACAUAUUCUGGCCUCUUCUGCGUCACCAUCAACCCUUACAAGUGGCUGCCCAUCUAUGGGGCACGCGUGGCCCAGAUGUACAAGGGCAGGAAGCGCACGGAGGUGCCUCCUCACCUCUUCUCCAUCUCUGACAACGCCUACCAUGAUAUGCUUAUGGAUCGUGAAAACCAGUCUAUGCUGAUCACUGGAGAAUCCGGAGCGGGAAAAACUGAGAACACGAAGAAAGUCAUCCAAUAUUUUGCCAACAUCGGAAGUACUGGCAAAGCCUCUGCCGAUGGAAAGGGCUCUCUGGAGGAUCAAAUCAUCCAGGCCAACCCUGUCCUUGAAGCUUUUGGGAAUGCCAAAACCACCAGGAACAACAAUUCGUCUCGCUUUGGUAAAUUCAUACGAAUUCAUUUUGGCAGUACAGGGAAACUGGCUGGAGCCGAUAUUGAGAGCUACCUGCUGGAGAAGUCCAGAGUCAUCUCUCAACAACCUGCUGAAAGAGGCUAUCACAUCUUCUACCAACUCUUGUCCAAUAAGAAGCCUGAACUUGUUGAGAGCUUGCUGUGUGUCCCGGAUCCCAAGGAAUACCAGUGGACAAGUCAAGGGGUCACUGUAGUGGACAAUAUGGAUGAUGGGGAAGAAUUGCUCCUGACAGAUGUGGCCUUUGACGUCCUGGGCUUCACCGGAGAGGAGAAGAACAGUGUGUACAAACUCACGGGGGGCAUUAUGCACUUCGGCAACAUGAAGUUCAAGCAGAAGCCGAGGGAGGAACAGGCAGAAGUGGACACCGCCGAGGUGGCUGACAAAGUCGCCCACCUCAUGGGUCUGAACUCUGGGGAUCUUCAGAAGGGGAUUACCAGGCCCCGGGUCAAAGUGGGCAACGAGUUUGUGCAGAAGGGGCAAAACCUGGACCAGUGCCACAACUCCGUGGGCGCCCUGGGCAAAGCGGUCUACGACAAGAUGUUUAAGUGGCUGGUGGUCAGGAUCAACAAAACCCUGGACACCAAGAUGCAGAGGCAGUUCUUCAUCGGGGUCCUGGACAUCGCUGGCUUUGAGAUCUUCGAGUUCAACAGCUUUGAACAGCUGUGCAUCAACUUCACCAAUGAAAAGCUGCAACAGUUUUUCAACCACCACAUGUUUGUGCUGGAGCAGGAGGAAUACAAGCGAGAAGGGAUCGACUGGGUCUUCAUCGACUUUGGUCUCGAUCUCCAGGCUUGCAUUGAGCUCCUGGAAAAGCCCAUGGGCAUCUUCUCCAUCCUUGAAGAGCAGUGUGUGUUUCCCAAGGCGACCGAUGCCACGUUCAAGGCUGCCCUGUAUGAUAACCAUCUGGGCAAGUCCCCUAACUUCCUGAAGCCAAAGGGGGGGAAGGGCAAAGGGGCAGAAGCCCACUUCGAGCUGGUUCACUAUGCUGGCACGGUGGGCUACAACAUCACUGGUUGGCUGGAGAAAAACAAGGACCCCCUGAAUGAAACGGUGGUGGGCUUGUUCCAGAAGUCUGCCAUGCCUUUACUCUGCAUUCUUUUCAAAGAAGAAGAAGGUGCAGCUUCGGGGUCCAAGAAGCAGAAAAGAGGGUCCUCCUUUAUGACCGUCUCCAACUUCUACAGGGAGCAACUCAACAAGCUGAUGGCCACUUUGCACAGCACCUCUCCCCAUUUUGUCCGCUGUAUUGUACCCAACGAGUUCAAGCAAUCCGGUGUGGUGGACGCUCAUCUGAUCUUGCAUCAAUUGGCUUGCAACGGUGUCCUGGAAGGCAUCCGUAUUUGCCGCAAAGGGUUCCCCAACAGACUUCAGUACCCUGAGUUCAAGCAAAGGUAUCAGGUGCUGAACCCCAACGUUAUUCCUCAAGGGUUUGUGGACAACAAGAAGGCCUCUGAACUUAUUCUGGGAUCGCUUGACCUUGGGGAAAAUGAGUACAAAAUCGGACAUACUAAGGUCUUUUUCCGCGCUGGUGUCUUGGCCAAGUUGGAAGACAUGAGGGAUGACCGUUUGGCCAAGAUCAUGACCAUGCUACAGAGUCGCGUCCGUGGUUUCCUGAUGAGAAUUGAGUUUAAGAAGAUGCUGGAGAGAAGGAUGGGUCUGAUGCUGAUCCAGAGGAACGUUCGCAAGUUCUUACUGAUGCGUUUCUGGGGAUGGUGGAAACUGUACAAUAAGGUGAAACCUCUCCUGAACGUUGCCCGCCAAGAGGAGGAGAUGAAAGCAAAGGAGGAAGAGCUGAGAAACGCCAUGUCCAAGACUCAGGAAAUGGUGGACCGCAUCAAGGAGUUGGAGGAGAAGUUGGCCACCCUUAGCCAAGAGAAGAAUGAUUUGACCAUCCAACUGCAGGCUGAACAAGAGAACCUGACCGAUGCGGAAGAGCGCCUGACUCAAAUGAUGAAGGCCAAGAUGGACCUGGAGAGCCAGAUUUCCGACAUGAAAGAACGCCUGGAGGAGGAAGAAAGCUCAGCGGCCUCCUUGAGCGCCCACAAGCGCAAGUUGGAAGCGGAACUCAACGAUCUCAAGCGAGACCUCGAGGGCCUGGAGACCACCUUGGCCAAGACCGAGAAGGAGAAACAAGCUCUCGAUCACAGAGUCCGAACUUUGACUGGUGACCUGCAAGCCCGGGAUGACUCAGUGGCCAAGCUCCAGAAGGAGAAGAGAGCCCUGGAAGAGCUACACCAGAAAACUCUGGACGACCUUCAAGCGGAGGAAGACAAAGUGAACCAUCUGACGAAAACCAACAGCAAACUCAGCACUCAGAUACACGAGUUGGAAGACAACUGGGAGCAAGAGAAGAAAAUCCGUGCCGAGGUUGAAAAAGCCCGUCGCAAAGCGGAGGGCGACUUGAAGAUGACCAUCGAAAAUCUGAACGAAAUGGAGAGGACUAAGCUGGAUUUGGAAGAGGUGGUGAAGAAGCGAGACAUGGAGAUCAAUUCCGUCAACUCCAAGUUGGAAGAUGAGCAGGCUCUGAAUUCCACCCUUCAGAGAAAACUGAAGGAGCACCAGGCUCGAAUUGAAGAAUUGGAAGAAGAACUAGAAGCAGAGCGAUCCAUAAGGGCGAAGAUUGAGAAGCAACGCAGUGACCUCUCCCGGGAACUGGAAGAGCUAACCGACAGACUUGAAGAAGCUGGAGGUGCUACCACAGCUCAGAUUGAGCAGAACCGCAAACGGGAAGCCGAGCUGCUUAAGCUCCGGCGAGAACUGGAAGAAGCCGCCUUGCAGAGCGAGGCCACGGCCUCCACCUUGCGCAAGAAGCACACCGACGCCAUGGCCGAGAUGACCGAACACCUGGAGAACCUUCAAAGGGUCAAAUCCAAGCUGGAGAAAGACAAGCAGGUCAUGAAGGCCGAGAUCGAUGAUCUCAGCAGCAGCAUGGAAAACGUCCAGAAGUCCAAGAUUAAUGCCGAAGCUCAUGUCCGCAGAUUGGAGGACAACCUGGCUGAAGUCAACGCCCGAUUGGCUGAGAUGGAACGGAAUCAAGCAGAAACGAACGCCGUUAGGAACAGACUCCAAGCUGAGAACAACGAGCUGAGCAGGGAGCAUGAAGAAGGUCAGUCGCGGCUCAAUCAAGUCCUUCGGGUCAAGACAUCCCUCACUUCCCAAGUGGACGACUUCAAGCGACAGCUGGACGAAGAAUCCAAGGCCCGCAGUGCUGCAGUGGUCAGUCUGGCCAACACCAAACACGACCUGGAUUUGAUCAAAGAGCAGCUGGAGGAGGAGCAAACCGGCAAAGCUGAGCUCCAACGCUUGGUCUCCAAGCUCAACACCGAAGUUACAACCUGGAGGACCAAAUAUGAAACCGAUGCUAUUCAGAGAACAGAGGAACUGGAAGAGACUAAGAGAAAACUGACCGCCCGUCUUCAGGAAGCAGAGGAAGCGGCUGAAACUGCGCAAGCUCGAGUAGCCAGCAUGGAGAAGUACAAGCAGAAGCUCCAGAUGGAAGUGGAAGAUCUAACUUUGGAUCUUGAAAAGUCCAACGCAGCCUGUGCUGCCCUGGAUAAGAAACAACGGGCCUUUGACAAGAUGAUGGCCGAAUGGCAGCAGAAGUGUGAGGAGCUCCAAUUGGAGGUAGACAAUUCCCAGAAGGAAUGUCGCAUGUACAUGACGGAGAACUUCAAGCUCAAGACGGCCUAUGAGGAAGCCCUGGAGCAGCUGGAAUCCGUGAAGAAGGAAAACAAGACUCUUCAGGAGGAAAUCAAGGACCUCAUUGACCAGUUGGGUGAGGGAGGUAGAAGCGUCCACGAACUGCAGAAGAUAAAGAAGAAGUUGGAAAUUGAAAAAGACGAGCUCCAGGUGGCCCUGGAGGAAGCUGAGUCUUCCCUGGAGGUGGAAGAGAGCAAGCUGAUUCGCAUUCAGCUGGAGCUGGCUCAAGUCAAGGCAGACAUUGACAGGAGAAUCCAUGAGAAGGAGGAGGAAUUUGAAGCCACAAGGAAGAAUCACCAGCGUGCCAUCGAAUCUCUACAAUCUAGCCUGGAACUGGAGGCCAAGGGGCGAGCAGAGGCCCUGAGGCUGAAAAAGAAGAUGGAGACAGACCUGAAUGAAAUGGAGAUCCAGCUGGACCAUGCCAAUAAGAACAACAGCGAGCUGGUCAAGACCUUGAAGAAACUCCAGCAACAGAUCAAGGACAUGCAGAUGCAGAUGGACGAAGAUGCUCGCCAACACGAAGAGCUGAGGGAACAAUACAAUCUUCAAGAACGCCGGCUCAGCCUUCUCCAGACGGAGUUGGAAGAGGUGCGCAUCGGCCUGGAGGGCAGCGAACGCUCACGGAAGCUCAUCGAGCAAGAAUUGGUGGAUGUCUCCGAAAGGCACAACGAACUCAACGUUCAUAACCAGAGCUUGCUAGUGAUCAAGCGCAAGUUGGAAUCUGACCUCACGCGCAUCAGCAACGAACACGAGGAACUCAUCAGCGAAUUCCGAUCGACGGAUGAGAGGGCGAAGAAAGCUGUGGCGGAUGCCACCCGCAUGGCUGAAGAACUGCGGCAGGAACAAGAUCACUCCAUGCAUCUGGAGAAGAUCAAGAAGAACUAUGAGAUCACCAUCAAGGACCUGCAGGUCAAGAUGGAAGAAGCUGAGCAACUGGCUCUGAAAGGUGGGAAAAGGACCAUCAUGAAGCUGGAGACCCGGAUCAAGGAACUGGACACCGAGCUGGACUCCGAACAAAAGCGCCACGUGGAGACGGUGAAGCUGCUGCACAAGAACGAGCGGCGUCUGAAGGAGCUGGUCUUCCAGACGGAGGAGGACCACAAGACCAACCAGCGCAUGCAGGAACUGGUGGAAAAACUGCAGAACAAGCUGAAGAUCUACAAGAGGCAGAUUGAGGAGUCUGAGGAGCAAGCAAACCAGAACUUGGCCAGGUACCGGAAAACAGUGCACGAGCUGGAUGAUGCUGAAGAGAGAGCAGGCAUGGCGGAAUCCGCCCUGAACAAACUCCGCACCAGGCACCGCCUCUCCACUGGCAAAGCCUUCACAUCCGUGGAGAUCAUCCAGGUCUCCAAAUCAGGCAGCUCCAAGUCAGUUGCCGAGGAAUGAAACUCCCCUCUGGCCCUGCAGCCGUCUGACAGGCUAAGCAUCUCAGAUGGCUGCAGCGUGGGAAAAUUGCUCACCACCGUAGGGAGGACCGGAGCAGCCCGAAGACGUUUAUAAAAGCACUUGCAAGGAAGUACGAGAAGGAGAGAGGACGGGAAGAAGAGCUUCUUGGCCCUUUGGGGGGAAGAAAAGGGAUCCGCUAACCACCCAUCCAAGCGUCCAAUUUUCUUCAUCAAGAAGGUGAUGAACCAUGGACAAGUUCUCAAAGAGUCAAGGCGUCUGUUCUGAAUGCAGUCUGUUGCGUUUUCAUGUCAAGGACGGAAAACGUUAGGAGGUCCAGUUUGGGUUGUCUCUUGUAAAUGCUACCCUACUUGGAGCAAUCUUCAUAUUUAGUCUGAAUAAAGCUUAAUCCUUUGGGGAAAAAAGAGAUUUGAUGGAGUUAUUUGCUUUCACGUUGUUAGGUAAGCUCCCCGUUGGGAGAGCGAGUAUGUUCAGCGAAGCGUUGUGAGAGUUGUGUUAGA